AUGAUGGCCCUCAGGAUGACCCCGGCGAUCGGCGCGCGCGCCGUCGUCGCCGGCGCCAAGGUGCGCGCGGCGCGCGGCGGCGCCCCCGCGCGCCCCUCCGCCGUCCGCGGCCGCGCCGCCUCGGUUUCCGUGCGCGCGGCGGUCGAUCCCACCGUCGCCUACGCGGUGGCGCAGCAGGAUCUCUUCUUCGCCGCGGUGGUCGCGGGCGAGUGCGCGUAUCAGCAGGGUAACCUUCCCGCGGACUUCAAGGGCAGGCCGGAGUUCAAGGACAUCGCGCUGCCGUGCGGCAUCCUCGUCGCGUCCUUCCUCGCGAUCCAGACGGACAACGGCGUGGUCACCCCGGGCGGGCUCAUCUUGGGAGCCGCGGGGUGCGUGCUGGCGGGGAAGAUGUACCUCGAUCGAUUUGACGCGAUCGACGACGACGGGAUGGACUGGCCGGGGCCGAGGGUGUUCCCGGGGACCGGGAUCCUUUUCGCGCUCUUCGCCCUCCUCGCCAACGUCGAGGCCCUGCCUAGGAUCAUGGGGGGAGUCUGA